GCCUCAUGGAGCAGAGACCCAAGGGCCAAGGCAACAAAGUGCAAAACGGAUCCGUGCAUCAGAAGGAUGGGUUAAACGAUGAUGACUUUGAGCCCUACUUGAGUCCCCAGGCCCGGCCGAAUAAUGCAUACACUGCAAUGUCCGAUUCCUACUUACCGAACUACUACAGUCCCUCCAUUGGAUUCUCCUACUCCUUAGGCGAAGCCGCCUGGUCUACGGGGGGUGACCCACCCAUGCCCUACUUAACCUCUUACGGACAGCUGAGCAACGGGGAGCCUCACUUUCUCCCAGAUGCGAUGUUCGGGCAGCCAGGGGCCCUUGGCAGCACUCCAUUUCUUGGGCAGCAUGGCUUUAACUUCUUUCCAAGUGGGAUAGACUUUUCGGCUUGGGGGAAUAACAGUUCUCAGGGACAGUCCACUCAAAGUUCUGGCUAUAGUAGCAAUUAUGCCUAUGCCCCUAGCUCACUGGGUGGAGCAAUGAUUGAUGGGCAAUCUGCCUUUGCUAACGAGACUCUGAACAAGGCUCCUGGCAUGAACACCAUCGACCAAGGGAUGGCAGCUCUGAAGCUGGGCAGCACAGAUGUUGCAAGCAAUGUCCCAAAAGUCGUUGGUUCAGCUGUCGGUAGCGGAUCCAUUACCAGUAAUAUCGUGGCAUCUAACAGUUUGCCUCCGGCUACUAUUGCUCCUCCAAAGCCGACCUCCUGGGCUGACAUUGCUAGCAAACCAGCUAAGCAGCAGCCCAAGCUGAAGACCAAGAAUGGCAUUGCAGGUUCAAGUCUUCCACCACCUCCGAUAAAACAUAACAUGGAUAUUGGAACUUGGGAUAACAAAGGGCCGGUGGCAAAAGCCCCAUCGCAGGCUUUAGUUCAGAAUAUUGGUCAGCAGCCAGCCCAGGUGUCCCCCCAGCCCAUGGGCCAGCAGAUCGCUAACAGCCCACACGGAGUGGAUGGUAAUGGAGUGGGACAGUCUCAGGCCAGUUCUGGUUCUGCUCCUUCAGAGCCGCACCCGGUCUUGGAGAAGUUGAGAUCCAUCAACAACUACAAUCCCAAGGAUUUUGACUGGAACCCAAAGCACGGCCGGGUUUUCAUCAUAAAGAGUUACUCUGAGGACGAUAUCCACCGUUCCAUUAAAUAUAACAUCUGGUGCAGUACAGAGCACGGCAACAAGAGACUGGAUGCCGCCUAUCGCUCCAUGAACGGGAAGGGCCCCGUUUACUUACUGUUCAGUGUCAACGGUAGCGGUCACUUCUGCGGAGUAGCAGAAAUGAAAUCUGCUGUGGACUAUAACACGUGUGCGGGUGUGUGGUCCCAGGACAAGUGGAAGGGACGUUUUGAUGUCAGGUGGAUUUUUGUGAAGGACGUUCCCAACAGCCAGCUGCGGCACAUCCGCCUAGAGAACAACGAGAAUAAACCAGUGACCAACUCCAGGGACACUCAGGAGGUGCCUCUGGAAAAGGCUAAGCAGGUGUUGAAAAUCAUUGCCACCUACAAGCACACCACCUCCAUCUUUGAUGACUUCUCACACUAUGAGAAACGCCAAGAGGAGGAGGAAAAUGUUAAAAAGGAACGCCAAGGCCGUGUCAAGUAAAAGGCCAUUGCUCCCACAGAGACUGCAGCAGAGAUUGCAUCCCCGCUGUCUUUCAGAAAGAGAAAGAAAGAGCAAAAACAUCCCAGAGAGAAUUAGGACUUUUUUUUCUUAAUUUCAUUGACUUAAAAAAAGACUCUUACAAACUUGCAGUUUAAAAAAAGAAAAAAAAAGUAUUGGAAUUUCACAAGACAUAGGACUUAAAAAAACAAAAACAACAAAAAAAAAUCCCUUCUAGGUAGAGUAUAGGUAAAAACUGUCCCCUUUCUUUUGGCUUUGGUUGUGAUUUCAGAGCAUACGCUUUGGUUUUUGUCUUUUUACUAUGUUUUUUCGGAUUUUAAAGUCCGUAAGUGGCAUAUGCCUUUUUUUUUCUCUCUCUAAUUUUUAAACCCCGCUGCUUCCCUUCCUUCCACCCCCUUGCGCCUCCUUCCCCUGGUUUUGACAUUUGCACUUGGAACACCGAGUUGUAACAUCCACCAUGGAAAGUGGAGUAACUUUUUCUUUUUUCUCCCUGCCCCCCACCCUCCCUCCCCGGCCUGGAAGAGGAGGAGUUCUAUGAGGAAGUUGGGGUUUUGGCCUAAGAAGAAUUGAACAGAAAUUGUCCAUGAGGUUGUGUCUUAAAGGUGGUUCAUUUUUCUCUGACCCUUUGUUACUCAAAGUCAAGUACUAGGAGUCCUAAGAAAUGUUCUGUUCUUGUGCAUUAUACGGAUUUACAGAUUAAGCCUGGAUUAAUUUGAUUUUGAAAGCUGAGAACAGUGGUAAAAACUUGUUUUGUUUACAGGAAAAUGAAUUUUGGACAAAAAAAAAAUAUUGUAAAAUGUGUAGUGAAUAUGUUUCUUCAGUUUCUUGUUAAGCCAAUGAGGAAUGGGCGUUGCCUUUCUUUUCACCAUUAAUCACUUCUCAAUAAUAAACGUGAGAUCCUGUUGAGCAUCACUGUUGUC